GCGACGGGAAGAGUAGAGGAGCGAAGCGCCACUUAACUGGUUUUGUUGUGAGGGGCCCGGCGCGCGCGCUGGCUGGCGUCGCGGAGCCCCAAUCAGGUGCCAUUACACCCGCUGGUCGAGGACGCCAUUGGCUGACGGGGAAAGGAGCCGUGCGCAAAACCAAGCCCGCCGCUCACACUCGCCUUACAGAAGCCGAGCUGAGAACAUCAUCCGCUUUGAGCGCUUAGGCGCAGCGAUUACAUCCUCACACACAGAGAGAGAGAUUCAGAUUCAGAGAAAGUCCCGCUAUUCGCCGCGCUUUACCAAGAAGUUGCGUCUGUCGUAGAUUUGGUGGGAUUUUUUUUGUGUUUCGUUUUUCGCCGUUCUUUCGCUCGCGUGGAUUUCCCUAUUUUGUUUUGUGACUUUCUCGCGAAGAAAGGGCAGUCUGUUCGGCGCGCGCGCGCGGAGUGUUGGCUAUGCGUCCUGGCUCCAGCCCGCGAUGGUUGCGCUGACGCCAAAACUCACAGCCCAGUGCAGAAUUGAUUAAACCAGAGGAGCUCGGAUCAAAUGGCUGUGCUUCUCACAGCUGAAACGACACAAUGUUCCACUGACCCAAGGCUGAGGAGAGGAAUUUCGGACUCGAGCAGCCUUGUUGCUGUUUAUUUCACUGCCUUUUUACGGACACAAGAAAGGGGGAAUGCACAAUUUUUGUAGGAAAACGGAAUAACACUUUUUUUGUCGUCUUCAAGUGCACUUUUAAAGAGGUAGAGGAGAUGAUUUGGGUAAUAUUUGCGCUCUCCAUCCUGGAUGGAGCCGUCUCUCAGCUGCACUACUCCGUGCCGGAGGAGCAGGAGCCUGGCUCCGUGGUUGGGAAUAUUGCAGAGGAUCUGGGGUUGGACAUCACCAAACUUUCCGCUCGCCGCUUUCAAACGGUGCCUAGUUCACGGACACCUUAUCUGGAGGUGAACUUAGAAAACGGCGCGCUGCUGGUGAAAGAGAAGAUCGACCGGGAGGAAAUCUGCAAGCAGACCACCCCGUGCCUAUUGCACCUGGAGGUGUUUCUGGACAACCCACUGGAGCUCUUUCGCGUGGAGAUCGAAGUGAUGGAUAUCAACGACAAUCCCCCCAGCUUUCCCGAAACAGAUAUUUCCGUGGAGAUAUCGGAGAGCGCCAUACCCGGGACCCGUUUCCCCGUGGAGAACGCCUUCGACCCGGACGUGGGCACCAACGCGCUCAGCACAUACGACCUAACCAAUAACAACUAUUUCUACCUGGACGUGCAGACGCAGAGCGACGGGAACCGGUUCGCGGAGCUGGUGCUGGAGAAGCCGCUGGACAGGGAGCAGCAGGCGGUGCACCGCUACGUGCUCACCGCCAUGGACGGAGGGAUCCCGCAGCGGACCGGGACGGCGCUGCUGGUCGUCAAAGUUCUGGACUCGAACGACAACGCGCCCACGUUCGAGCAGUCGGUGUACGCGGUGAACCUGCGGGAGAACUCGCCCGUGGGCACGCUGGUCAUCCAGCUCAACGCCACGGACGUGGACGAGGGUCAGAACGGGGAAAUCGUGUACUCGUUCAGCAGCCACAACGUGCCGCGGAUAAAGGACUUGUUCAACAUCGACGCCCGGACGGGGAGGAUAGAGGUGGCCGGGGAGGUGGACUACGAAGAGAGCAGCACGCACCAGAUCUACGUGCAGGCGAAAGACCUGGGGGCGAACGCGGUGCCCGCGCACUGCAAAGUGCUGGUCAAACUCGUGGACGUGAACGACAACACGCCGGAGAUCAGUUUCAGCACCGUGACGGAGUCCGUGAGCGAGCAGGACGCGCCGGGCACGGUGAUCGCGCUCUUCAGCGUCUCGGACCGCGACUCGGGCGAGAACGGUCAGAUGAGCUGCGAGAUCCUGGGCGACGUCCCCUUCAAGCUCAAGUCGUCCUUCAAGAACUACUACACCAUCGUGACGGACGGAGCGCUGGACAGGGAGAACACGGACGCGUACACCAUCACCGUGGUGGCCAAAGACAAGGGCCAGCCGUCGCUCGCCACCAGCAAGUCCAUUAAGGUGCACGUCUCGGAUGAGAACGACAACGCGCCGCGCUUUACGCAGGCGGUUUACGACGUGUAUGUGACAGAAAACAAUGUACCCGGGGCUUUCAUUCACGCCGUGAGCGCUUUGGACCCUGACAUAGGUCAGAACGCACUUAUUACCUACUCCAUAUUGGAGUGUGACAUACAGGGCAUGUCUGUGGAUACGUACGUGUCCAUAAACCAGGACACCGGCUACCUUUACGCGCUGCGCUCCUUUGAUUACGAGCAGCUGAAGGAGUUCAGCUUCAUGGUCCAGGCUAAGGACGCCGGCGCCGCGGAGCUCCUCUCCAACGCCACCGUUAACGUCAUCAUAGUUGACCAGAACGACAACGUGCCCAGCGUCAUAGCCCCCGUCGGCAAGAACGGCACGGCCAAAGAGCAGCUGCCGCGCUCCGCGGAGCCCGGCUACAUGGUGACGCGCAUCGUGGCCAUGGACGCGGACGACGGGGAGAACGCGCGGCUGUCCUACAGCAUCCUGCGGGGCAACGAGAUGGGGAUGUUCCGCAUGGACUGGAGGACCGGGGAGCUGCGCACGGCCCGCAGGAUCUCCCCCAAGCGGGACCCGCAGGGCUACUACGACCUGCUGAUCGAGGUGCGAGACCACGGGCAGCCCCCCCUCUCCUCCUCCGCCAGCGUGAGCGUGGUAUUAGUGGACAGCGUGGUCGACGAUCGCAAAGGCAAUCACGAAUCGACGUCAAAGGCGAAGGAGACCUCCCUUGACCUCACCCUCAUUCUCAUCAUAGCCCUGGGCUCCGUUUCGUUUAUCUUCCUCCUGGCCAUGAUUGUGCUGGCCGUGCGCUGCCAAAAGGACAAGAAGCUCAACCUGUACACGUGCCUGCUGGCCGGCGACUGCUGCCUGUGCUGCGGCUCGUGCUGCAGCAGGCAAGCUCGCGGCCGCAAACAGAAGAAGCUGAGCAAGUCGGACAUCAUGUUAGUUCAGAGCACCAACGUGACGUCAGGGGUCGGGCCCGUGGGCCAGGUGCCCGUGGAGGAGUCGGGCGUGGGCGGCGUGGGCGGGGGCUUCGGCUCCCAUCACCACCAGAACCAGAACUCGUACUGUUACCAGGUCUGUCUGACACCGGAGUCCGCCAAAACGGAUCUGAUGUUCCUGAAGCCGUGCAGCCCCUCCCGCAGCACCGACGCGGAUCACACCAACCCCUGCGGCGCCAUAGUCACGGGUUACAGCGACCAACAGCCGGACAUCAUAUCCAAUGGCAGUAUUCUCUCUAAUGAGACCAAACACCAGCGAGCAGAGCUCAGCUAUCUGGUGGACAGACCCAGACGCGUCAACAGCUCGGCAUUCCAAGAAGCAGACAUCGUGAGCUCCAAAGACAGCGGUCACGGUGACAGCGAACAGGGCGACAGUGACCACGACGCCACCAACCGGGGUCACUCAGCCGGGGCUGACCUGUUUUCAAACUGCACAGAGGAGUGCAAGGCCCUGGGCCACUCUGACCGCUGCUGGAUGCCCACCUUUGUGCCGUCCGACGGGCGCCAGGGGCCGGACUACCGCAGCAACCUGCAUGUCCCUGGCAUGGAUGCCACGCUGCCUGACACUGAGGUACCCUCCUCCGUCAACCUCUCCGACCAACUCACCAUGACCUCGUCCACCGCCUCGACCAAUGAUAGGUCAUUCUCCACCUUUGGCAAGGACGGUCAGAGGUCACAGUCACACCACAGCCUUCACCAUCACCUCCAUCAGCAACAGCAGCAGCAGUUCAGCUCCAGCACGCUAGAGAGGAAAGAGUAUGAUAGGGGGACCCUACCAUACAAACCCACCUUUCUCUGUGAGUAUCAGUAUGAAAGUUCCCUGGGACCUUAUGACUUUGGUCUGGUCCAGUACAGAUACUAAAGGAGAGGACAAUGAAUGCGUCUCUUGAUUCUGAUCUGGACGUUUUAUAUUGAAUAUCAAAUUUAGAUUUUUCUAUUUUUAAGGAGGUUUAAAAAUAUGGCUUUGUGUUAUGUUUUAUGUUUUGCUUUUACUUUGUAAAAUAAUUAUUUUGUUGAAUGUAUAAUGUAAUCUAUUAUAACCCCCACCUUCCCAACCCUAGCCUUCCCAGCACAGUCAGACCUCCCACGUUUACCCAAAAUGCUGUCUGUAUUGAGAAUGUGACUUAUUCUUAAAAUAAACCAAAUUUGAAUUGGACUUGUUUUAAAAAUGCUGUUGCCCCUUUUUCUUUCUUUGCCUUUCUCUAAAUUUAACCCCUCCAAAUCCUUUCCUGUCCACCUUUUUAUCUGAUGCUCAUAUAAGUAAAGGUUACCAUUACAAGCACUCUUCAUGUUCAAUAAUAACCCAUCUAACACACAUAAAAUAAAAUGCCGCUCAGAUAAACAUCUUAUUGCACAGAGGAGGAAAUAAUACAGAGAUCAUCCCAUGCUGCAAAGGACAUCUUUUUCCAUUUGCUCAACAACAAAGCUCUGCUCGAGCGCGAUGACUUCCCUACUGAAUAGCUCGAAAAGGUGAAACUCUAAGCCCACGCUUCUCCUUUUUCACGAGGAUUGAAGUCCAUUUUGUUCUAAAAAGGACGUCUCAAGUAUGUAUACCCGCUUGGUUGUGGAUCAAUACCUGACUUAAAGAGGGGUGGGUUAGGUAGGCUGUCAACACCGAGGUCAAGUUUCCUCCGCUGGAAAAAGUCACGCACACAAGUUUCUGUGCAAGAAAGGAAGGAAACUGUUAGAAUGAGAAGUAACUUUAAUUUACCAAAUGAAACACAUUAUUGAGUUUCCAGCUUGCAUUUCUCACGAAGCUGAAUGGGAUGAAAAGAACGGCAGGACACUUCUUGCCGCUUUCAAUAGCUUCCCAAGCUCCCACAUUACAUAAAUAUUCUAUUAGCUGUAAGAGUAGAGAAUGGAUUCGAUAUACGCAUUCAGUAGAGAAGUCAUUUCCAGUCAAGUCACCACCAUGUUAACCACCAUCUGCCAUGCAUGCUGACUGCGAGCUGUCUCUCAGGUAAAGCAUCAGCACGAUAACCUUCCUUUUUUUGUUGUUUUUUCCUUGUUUGUAACUCAGCAAAGAGAGUCAGGCAAUCUUCCUCUUGCACAUCAGGUCUGUGUGAGAAAUAAUUGGUAUUUAGCCUUUAGGUGCUGGAGCCUGCUUUGCUCCAAAUAUAGCUGCCUGCACGUCUGCUCAUCUCGUCUGCCUCGCAGGGUUAGGAUAAAUGCACUCCAUAUUCGCUCAGUCCAAAAAUCAUGACUUUAUUUUAUUCCAUUUUACUUUUUUUUUGAUUUAUGAUUUCCCCGGCUUUCCCUGCCCUGUUGAAAUAAAUUGACCCCACACUGCCACGGCAAAGGUUCUGUUGUUCAUCAGGCUGUGAAAAAUAUGAGAAUAGUCCCAAAGGCUGAGGUUCUAUUAACCAAUAGGCAUCGUGUUCCACUUAUAAAAAUAGCAUGCAUGCUACUACUGGCUAUGGCAAUGCUCUGAUCACCAGGGUUGCCUUGAUAAAGGGUUUAUAAAUGUUUAAUGAUCCAUUUGUAGAUAAUUAAUGAAGCAAUUAGUGCUCUGUGUAUUUUCUGUGCAUGCAUUAUGCAGUCACCAAAUUCUGAACAUUUAUCUUUGCUGAUGGACAUGUUUGUACCCAAUUCCCAAAUUAGUUUUAUGAUGAUAUUGUAAGGACCGGUCUCUAGGGUAUAUAAAUAACUUCACAGACAGUCCUUUGUGGCAUGUAUCCUUCAAGAGAUGGUAUUUCGAGCCAAUUGUGUCACUAAAAAGUCUCCGGGGAUGGGGUGUCUUUUGUCUUAACGAGUGUGUCUUUUGUCU